AUGAGUGCAGCUGACAGAACAAGCCUCGAUCCUAGUUUCAUAUCAGAGACCACCUCACAUCAAGGGCAUGACACCACGGAAUAUCCUACAAGACAUCUUCACAAUAGCACCGAAGGAUCCAGAUUACACGAUCCUUCCUUAACCCAGAUGCAGUGGACUGAACAGGCUCGUGACCCCAGUCUGUCCCACAGUAUCAACUCUUGGAAAGGUUAUCACACAGUCGGAGUUAGCAGAACAGCCCAUCAAAGCACAAAUGGCCAGUACAGUCAACCGUUCUACACAAGUUCUUCAGGGUAUCUACUCGAAGAGACAGAUCAAGGCAACCUUCUUCAGAGUCCUAGGUUCAGGAACACCUCAGUUCGCCAAGGAGAUUCCUCCAUAGCAGCUCCAAUAACGACUGGCCCAUUCAACCAGACUUGCUAUACAGGUGAUGCAGAAGCUCUCCCACAAGUGCAGUUUCUGGUUCAGCAAGGUAUCUCACCACCAGACUAUCUAGUCCCUGAUAUAAUGCCUGAAGAGACUGAUGGAUCAGGCCAUCAUCGACCUGUUGACCACUGGGAUAAGGGUUAUAACCAGAGUAGCUUUUCACAUGCUUGGCAGUCUACCUUUCAGGAACAGAGUUUACCUUGGCAAAGGGGUCUACAGCAACAGCAAGAUAUUUGGGAAGGGGCAGCCACAGAUACAUGCACAGAUGAUGUGACUUUGCCCAGUAGCAUUAUGCAAGUGAAUGCUCAGGAGGUGACCGGCAAGAUGGUGACUCUGAUGAACCAGAGUGUGAUUCUGCCCAGCCACAUCGGUGAUGAUGCAAUCAGGCAAUUGGACUUUGAUUUCCUGUGGAAUCUGGACCCAAAGAGUGCUGGGAGAGUCAAGUUAGAACUGCAGGCCAACAAGGAUCCACAGCAACUUUUAGACUUUCUGACUGGACUACAGAAAGCUGUUGGAGAAAGAAAGCGAUUUGAUGGCUUUACUAAGAGUCCUGGAAGCUAUUAUAUUUAUGAGUGCUCUGAUGAGCAUUGCAACCGGAUAGUGAUCAGAGCAGGAUCUCAGGAGGGAUAUUGCUCAUAUCACACCAGCAGAGUCAGCCAGCCACGGAAGCGUCGGAAGCAUUGA